AGUUUGCUUGCCACUACGAAUUGUAAUGCAUUAUUUUAAACACAAUACGAUGAAUAAACUAGUAUUGUUCAUACUUUUUUUAAGUAUUUUAGAAAUCGUUAUAAGUGGCGAAAAGAAUGAACAGAAACAGACCUCUAGAAAGAAAUUUGCAGCAAAUGAUCGCAAAAAAAUGCAUUAUGAUCUAAAAUGCUGGCCUCAGAGAUGUAACGUAAUUUGUCCUAUAUACAUACAACAGAUGCCUCAAGAUAUAGGUCCAGUAUUGCCCAGUGAAGUACUUUCUCCUUCUGCUACGCCUCUUUCAACAACUCAUAUACCAGUAUCGGUAAAUCCCCCUACCAACAACAAAACCAACACACAAUUUAUCCCGCAAUUAAUAAACAACGUAACCAACUUACAACAAAAAGUCAAUGGUAAAAGCAAGAACCUAUUAGUCCCCAAUAAGCAUCUAACCCCUAAUUCGAAAAGCAAGCGAAGAAACAUAAUUGUCAAGCAAUUCAUACAGACCAAAAACAGCACUAAGGCCAUCAAGUACCGGCAGCAAUUCGCUCCUUUUGGGUGUUACGUGCAAUGCGAGCCCCUGCAAAUGGGCCAGCCGAGUCCACCUCUAGGAGUCCCAGGUCAGGUUCCAACGCCCGAAACUCCUGUCAAUGGUGAUGGGCAAAACGGAGUUGAAGGAGAGGAGGGCCAGGAAGAAGAAGGGGAAACUGAUGAGCCCUAUCAUGAGGGUGAAGACAGGCCGAUAGAGGCGACGGCUUCGCCGCCAGAUCGUACCAAAGUAUUGGUAUAUAAUUUCGAUGACGAGCCCUACGACAUCAACGGCAUGUCUGUUGAGGAUAAACAUAAGAAAAAACGGUCCAAAAAAAGGUCCAAACGCCCCUAUAAAUCGGUUAUGCGUCAUAUUUUUCAUCGUGAAUUGUCCUAUGGAAACUAAUAAAUAAAUUACAUAUUCAUAUUAAGCAUUUUUUUGUC